ACGAUCCCGCCACCCUGUUGUGUGGGUGGGGGGGGGGGGGGGGGGGGGGGGGGGGGGGGGGGGGGUACCGGUGGCGGGGGGGGGGGGGGGGGGGGGGGGGACCCGGGGGGGGGGGGGGGGGGGGGGGGGGGGGGGGGGGGGGGGGGGGGGGGGGGGGGGGGGGGGGGGGGCGGGGGGGGGGGGGGGGGGGGGCACACACAACCCUAUUGUGUGUGUGUAAGGGACAACACACCCCCCCACCGGCAAAAAAAAAAUGUAUUGUGUAAUAAGAA